AUGUAUAUCUCAGGAUCACCACGCUCAACGAGCUACGCAACCGCGUCACCCAUGGACAUCCCCACCUCUUCGCAGUCCACCACCUGCGCGUAUCCCUCGUGGCCACGCCGCUCCUCGCUCUCUGGCAGCGACGCCGAAUACCACAACCACAGUUUCGUGAUCUCAGACGAGGAGCUCUUCGGAUCGGAAUUCGAAGACUCGGCCGCAAGCACACCGGCGUCUGAUCUCUCGCGCAGUCCUGCGAUGACGAACCUGUCGUCGCCGUAUGUGGCCGAGAGCAGGAGUUAUAUGGAGGAGGCGCGCUAUGUAGUUGAGAGCGGGAGUAUGAUGCGCGAGGUGGUGCGCCAGGAGAAGGCGAGACGGAAGAGGAGUGUUAGUGUGAAUAGUAAGAAGGCGAGACGCGGGAGCAAGAAGAUGGGCACGAUUAAGGAGGUCGUGGAAUGA